UAUGAGUAAUGAGACACAUAAAGCUUUGGAGAUGACUAAGAAUUUGAGUGAAUUACUUAAAAAGUAAUAAGAGAACUUUUAAAGUAUUCAACAAGAAAUGAAAAGAGCUAAUAUUGUUUGGAAAUUAUGUUUAAAUAAUUAAGAUUGUAAUGAGGAUCGAGCUUAACAAUUAGUUUAACAUUCUAAGAAUCUUGAUAGAUUAAUUCAUGAAUAAGUCGUUUAGAUUAAAGAAUGUAAUGAUAAAAUUACAGAUAUUAAAUAAAAAUUAAGAUCAGAAACAAAGAAAUAAUAAAUUGAAAAGAAAUAAUAAUAGUAAAUAUAUAAAUUAAAUUUAUUUAGAAGAUUUACUUUUAUAUAAAAUAUACCUACAUCAGCAGGAAUCUUAUCAAAUAUUGAUAGUUCAUAUUUUUAAGAUUCUUAUAAAAAAUAAUUAUAAAUUAGUAACAGUCUCAUAAAUGAAACUAGUGAAUCUAAAAUUAAAUUUGUUAGAUUAAAAACAGGUAAAGUUGAAGAUAGACUUGAUUCUCAUAAUCAAGAACUUUUGACAUAAUUAAAUGCUUUAGGUAUAAAUUAAACAUAAAACAAUCCUAAAUUAAGUGAAUUUUGUGAUUAGAUAACUAAAAAUGAUGAAUUAUAUUUAGAAAUUUAGAAUAGAUAAUAGAGACUUAUCUAAUUAAAAAAUUGCAAAUCUGAACUUUUAAUUUUUACAAAAGUAAUCUUCUUAUUUUGAAUUGUAGAUUCUAUAAACAUAAGAGAAACCUUAAUUGUAGAUGAAAGAUCAAUAAUAUUAUUCUAGUUAUCAAUAAGAUGAUGUGAUUAGAUAAAACGAAUACAAAAUAUAGAACUUAAAACUAUUAUAACAACAUUUGGCUAUCAUCAAAUUCUACAAUAAUAAUCUAUAUAGAUUAUUUCAUUCCAUACGAAAACCAGAUGAAAAUAUUGUACAAAUUAUUCAUCUUUUGUAGAAAAUGAUAUGA